CGGGGCGAGAAUCCGAACCUCCCCACCGGCUAUCUUGGCACGUCCGGUUGCGGCACGGGCUGUACGCCUGGCUGCGGUACCGGGUGCACGUCUGGUUGCACGUCUGGCUCUUCUUCGGCCGGCAGGUUGUCGCACGUUGGCGUACCCUUCGGCACCGUUCCAUUCUCUUGUCAGGCAACUGGCAUACCACCACCACCACCACCACCACCACCGAGCCAUCAUCAUCCGGAGCAUCAGCAACACCAUCAUCCCCAUCAUCCACGCUUGGGCCAUGUAGCCGCGGCAGCGAGUGCUGCUGCCGCUGCGGCCGCAUCGAUGGGGAUGGAAUCCUCCGACUUGGUCGCGGUGGCCCAUUACCAAGCGCAACAACUUCAGCGACAAUUGUUGGCCGAGCAGUCGACUCCGGGCACGAUGCUGCCACCGUCUGCUCAGUCUACUGGUGGAGGCUUGACGCAGCCGUUACAGCAGGGACAGCAAACUCAACCAUCCCAGAGCCAGGACCCACUGCAGAGCUUGGUGCAACAGUUGCUCUGUUUGCAGCAGAUCGAGUAUUUCCUCGCCCAACGCGGACACAAGUGAUAUACGCCUGCAUACAUAUAUACAUAUAUGCGCGUUUAAUAUAUAUAUGUAUGUAUGUGUCUAUACAUUAAGCGUUUAUAUCUGCGGUGUCUCUUCUACUCCUCCUCCUUCUCCAUCGUCGUCGUCGUCGUUGUCAUCGUCGUCAUCGUCAUUGUCAUCGUCGUCAUCGUCUUCGUCGUCAUCUUCAGCAUCGUCGUCGUCGUCGUCGUCAUCGUCGUCAUUGUUCGUCGCUGCCGUUGCUCGACUUUUGCCCGCGCUACCUCGUCUCGAUAAUGACGAGAGGACUCUUAUAAGCGUCCAUGAGAUAAGUCUGUAUGUUUGUUAAAAGCGUGUGUGUUAGUGAUGAUGAUUAAAAUAAUGAUGAUAGUAAUGACGACGACGAUGAUGAUGACGACGAUGACGAUAACGAUGAUGACUAUGAUGAUAAGGAUGAUAAUGAUUAUGAUUAAGACGAUGAUGAUGAUGAUGAUAAUGAUAAUGAUGGGAAUGAUUAUGUUUAUGAUGAUAAUGAUGAUGAUGAUGAUGAUAAUGAUAAUUAUGAUAAUGAUGAUGAUUAUGAUGAUUAUGAUUAUGAUGAUGAUUAUAUUAUAAUAAUUACGAUGAUGGUGCGUGAAUGAGAAAGACGGAGAGAGAAAAGGGCCGCGUGCGUCGAUUAAAACCGCAGAUAUUCGUCAAAAUCUUUUCUUUCUUCGAUCGUGAACACCGCGUUUCUUCUUGCUGCUGCAGUCAAUGAUGCUCCUGUUCGUUCGAAUUUCUUUUUUCUCUCUCCUUGUUUUUGAUUACGAAAUAAAUAAAUACGUAUUUCUAUCCCUCGAUCGGCGGGGAGGGUAACGCACGGUGUUGUUUUCCGAUUCGUGAAAUAAGGAAAGCCAAGGGGAAAAAAAGAAAUAUUGAAGAAGAACCAUCGGUUGCGUCAAAAACAAACACACACAAAAAAAAAAACAAAAAAAGAAAGAAAGUUAGAUAGAUAUGUGGCUCCUUUAUUAAAUGCGGAUCGAUGUGCGAAGUUCUAUGGGACACCGUGCAAACAUUUUAAUGUGUUGCUAGUUAAGGUGAAACGAGCCUCGUAUAUUUCUCGCGAGAGACUCGUCUAUUUAGCGUGUGAUAAAAUAAAGGAGAAAAAACAAUAACUAUAAUGUUGUUACGUGUGAACACAAAGGAAAAAUGGAAGAAUGAGAAGAAGAAGAAGAAGAGGAGGACGAAGACGAAGAGACGAAGAGAAAAAAGAAGAAGAAAAAGAACGAGGAAAACGAUGAUGUUCGAAUUAAAAUGAGCUAAGAAGAAUGAGAAACGUGUGUGUGCGCGUGAUUUUUUUCUCCUACUUUUUUCCAGAUUUUUUUUUCUUUUUUUUUUUUUUUUUUUUUUUUUUUUUUUUUUUUUUGAAUAUAUUAUACGAAAGGUUGGGUUAACGGGUGGGAUGAACUUGCGCGAGGCUUGUGCGAAGAGAAGUCCUGAUGGAAAAAAAAUAAGUAACACAAAAAAAAAAUAAAAAUUAAUGAAAAGAAAUAUAGAACGAAAAAUUGCGGGGAAAUAAUAAGAAAAGUGAAAAAAAUAUAUAAAUAUUAAACAAACAAACAAACAAAAAAACAAAACAAAACAAAAAAACGCGCCCCACGCGACAGAGACGAUAACACCGCUCUGAUUGCGAGCUGUGAAGAAUCUCUUAUCCGUCAACAGUAUUGAUAUAAUUAAUAGAAUAAAUGAAUAUAAAAGAUAAAAAAAACGUUAUUGUAAGAGAUAAAAUAUAGCAUAAGUACGUAAUUGUGCAAACGUAUGCGAGUUUACGAGAAAGAGAGAAAGUGUAUGCAUGCGUGUGUAUAUGACAGCGAAAGAAAGAGAGAGAGAGAAAGAGAAAGAGAAAGAGAGAAAGUUUGAUUGAGUUUCGUACGAUCGUUUCAGAAAAUAUUUGCGCAAAUGUGAAUGAUGUUAAAAAAAAAAUUAUAAAAAAAUUGGAAAGAGAGAAUGUGUGUGUGUUCGUGUUCACGUGAGAAAAAGAGAGAGAGAGAGAGAGAGAGAGAGAGAGAGAAUCAUCGUCGUCGACUGAGAAAAAAAAUUUUUUAAGUGUCGAGCCCGAUCGAACGCCAACGCACAGGCCACCCUAAAUGUCCCAUGGGCUCAUAGUAAAAUUUUAUUCUUUUAUUUUAUCAUCGUUAUUUAAUUUACCGUGCGUGCGCGCGCAAGUGAAAGAAUAGGACAAGAACACGAAAAGAGAAAAGAAAAAGAAAGAAAGAAAGAGAGAGAGAGAGAAAGAGUGAGAGAAUGAAAUGGUGCGCGUGUUGCGUGAUGUAUGUCUUGUGAACAAAUGAGAGAGGGAGAGAGAGAGAGAGAGAAAGAGAA